GUUCCGGCUCUGCUUCAUGACGCUGACCGCUUGUGUUCUUCAGGUGCGGCGUACUGUCACUUCAUGGACAUGCUGUUCCCCGGCUGUAUCCUGCUGAAGAGGGUGAAGUUCCAGGCCAAACUGGAGCACGAGUACAUUCACAACUUCAAAGUGCUGCAGACGGCCUUCAAGAGGAUGAACGUGGACAAGAUCAUUCCCGUGGAGAGGCUCGUCAAGGGCAGGUUUCAGGACAACUUCGAGUUCCUUCAGUGGUUUAAGAAGUUCUUCGACGCCAACUACGACGGGAAAGAGUACGACCCUCAGUUAGCGCGACAGGGCCACGACGUCACGCCGCUCCCCCCCAACCCAGGUGAAGUCACUCUCCACAAAACCAAGAGCCCUCAGAGAGCAGCAGGACCCCAGCGGACGUCACCGACGGCACCCAAAACUAUGCCCGCCCCCCCGCGUGCCAUAAGCUCCACCCCCUCCACCGGAACACGGCGGAACAUGCCAACGUCACGAAACGGAGGCGGCGACGCCGAAAUUAUGGAGCUCAACCAGCAGCUGCUGGACCUGAAACUGACAGUCGACGGUUUGGAGAAAGAGAGAGACUUCUACUUCGGCAAACUGCGAGACAUUGAGCUGAUCUGUCAGGAGAACGAGAGCGACAGCAACCUGGUCCUCGGCAAAAUCCUGGAGGUGCUGUACGCCACAGAGGAUGGUUUCGCGCCUCCGGAGGACGAGGAGACUGACGAACAGCCACGGGACCAGGAGGAAUACUGAUCCUCCUCAUCCUCACUCUCUCUCUCUCAUCACAUCAUCCUUCUUUCUUUCUCUCCCUCUCUUUCACUCCAUCCCCCACCAGCAGACACUAGGGGCGUGGUCUGAUAGGCUCAUAGAGUGAGUAGGGGCGUGUCUAUGCUAAUGAGGUCUGAAGUGAUGCGGUGAAGCUGAUGUGUUAUUGGCUGUGGGUUUAAUGAAGAAUCCAGACGACUCGAUGAUGAUGAUGAUGAUGAUGAUGCAGUGACACUUUCUCACACACACACACACACACACACACUCACCCUCUCACACAC